AUGUCGACAGCCACGCAAACUCCUCCACCGUCUGAAAGGACACUGCAAGAGAAGAUCGAGCACCUCGGUGAUCUCGUUAGAGACCCCGAAUCUGACUUGGGCUCCGAUGAAUUGCCCCAUCUUCCUGAGCUCAUUGAUGAUUGGUACAAUACCGAUGUCGAUGUCAGCAAGGAAGAGUUCCACCAAAGAAUUCUGCGAGUCUUUAAGGAUUCCAAGCAUGAGCAGGUAUACAAUGGUGUUAUGAACCAAUUUCCUAGUGAAAUGCGAGAAGUUCUUGAGGCUUUCAUCGAAGGUGAUAAGACUGCUGAUGAAGCUGGAAAAGCUAUCAAGGAGGUUGCACCGUUAGAGCUUGAGGCGUCAAGUACUAGCUCUCAUCUUCAGGCCUUUUCUAUGAUGGCACAGCAGGUGACUCCUCCUACUAAAACCAAGGGCAAGGAAACGAAGGACUUGACCUUUCAGAAUUGGGGCCGCACCGUCAAGAAUACGCCCACGGUCACGUAUUACCCCGAAACUGUCGCCGAGAUUAUCGAGAUUGUUCGUGACGCUGUCGCCAAGAACAAGGGCAUUCGUGUCGCCGGUUUCCGGCACUCAUGGGCACCCGUUUUCGGGAGGAGCAACAAGGCUGGCCAGUCUACUAAUGGCGAUGUACUGAUCUCUACUCUGACUGAGACCAACGCAAGCAGAUUGCCCAACCUCACUUCAGUUCCGACCAACCUUUUUCAGCCCAAGGACACGGAGCUCAACGCGAUCAAUGUCAUCACGGACCCUAAAUUUGUCGGAGCUCCGGCUCUGAAGAAUGGCAGGAAGUAUGUUCAGGUGGGAACGGCGACUACGAAUGAAAAGUUCCGACGGUGGUGCAUCAACACGGGAAAUGUCACUUUGCCCAUGAACAUCAUUGAGGUCGAGAUUACUUUUGGUGGCAGCAAUGCUACAAUUUGUCACGGCGCGGGUAUUAACAACCCAACCUUGAGCGACCUUGUCCGACGAAUCGACUACAUCGACGUCAACGGCCAAGAACGUUUCGUCAACAUGUCCGACCCCACGCUUCUCAAGGCGGCAAGUGGCUGCUUCGGUCUUCUCGGCGUCGUCACCUACAUCACCUUUGAAUGCGACGCCAUGUGCACCGCCGUCAUGCGUCCCGUCAAACUCGACGUUAUCGACGCUAUCCCCCCACCGCCUGAGAUGAAAGACUCAGAUAUCCCCGCUGCCCUUCGCCAAAAGCGCACACAGGCUCAAAAGGAUGAUGCGCUUCGUGAGUUUGAGCGCCGUGCGAAUGAGGACUUUUAUGCAGAGUGGUUCUGGUUUCCUUACUCGCAGCAGGUCUGGGUUAAUACCUGGAAGACAGAUACUGACACCAAGAACGUGGUUAACUAUCCCAGUAAUGCAAAGACUUUGUAUCAGGUUGCCAGCACGGCGAUUAUGAACAUGGCUCAAGAGAUUGGCAAGCAUAUACAUGCCUUACAGGUUGCGCCUCAGACGCAGACUUCACUCCUUUCUUGGCUCGCAGUGAAGAACUUUGACGAUGUCAAGGGAACCAACAAAUCCAUCAGAACCCUGCUACCUAAUGCGCUUCACUUCCAGCGCGGCGUUCAGAACAUCCGAGUCCGCAAUCUGGAAGUCGAGAUGGCUCUUGACUCAAAGAAAGGCAAGCCUAAUGAGAGAGACUACACCAACGUGAGACGUGCCUGGUGGGACGUCAUAAAGACAUGCUACGCCAACGCCAAAACAUCUCCUAUGCGCAUGCCAAUGGAGAUGCGAAUAAUGGGUUCCAGCGAAGUAACCCUCGCGCCACAGCGCGGUAAUAGACUUGGAACAUGCGCCAUCGGCAUUCUGACUCUUGAGGCUGUAUCCGAUAUAUGGGUCCCUUAUGCGCAACAGGUCCUUGACAAGUGGACGAGCUACAAGACGAAUGAUGGCAAACCCGUGGUGGUGAAGCCUCAUUGGGCAAAGGAAUGGUACAUGUACAAGGUUGGUGGUAAGCCUUGGAUGGAGAAGCUGGUCAAGGAGGAUUAUAAGGAGGAGAUCGCAGAGUUUCAGACGCUGAUGGCCGCUAUUGGCAAGAAGCAUGGUUGGACGCUUGGGGAUAUCAAGAGGACGUUUUCUAACGAUGUCCUUGAUAAUACCUUCCUGGGCGGCGUUGCUAUCUCUAAACCACAGCAGGUUGCUAAGCCGGAGAAGAUGGUUCAGGUUCAGCUAUCAUCAGCCCAAAGGUUUCCAACACCACCCGCUCAAGCAUCCCACCAAGAUCUCGUCCCCAAGGCUUACUAUCAGUCUGUAGUCAUGUUUCCAUAUGAUAGCACAGGCACUGGAGGCUCUCUCGGCCCAACGCAAAUCCGCCUUCUGCAUCUAUUUCCAGCAAAAAUUAGCAAAAAUCCGAUUGAGUGCCGACUCGAAGUUGUCGCAUUCGAAGAAAACCCAGUGUAUGAGGCUCUUUCGUAUUGCUGGGGCGACAGUACUCAGCUUCAGGGGAUAAAAUGUAACGAUGAGGCAUUUCAGGUCACCGAAAAUCUUUUCUCCGCCCUGCAGCACUUGAGGAACAAGGGUACCGAGCGAACACUAUGGAUCGACGCCAUUUGCAUCAACCAGAAUGAUCUGGAGGAACGCCAAUCCCAAGUUAAACUUAUGAAAGACAUAUAUACCAAAUCCGAAAAGGUCGUUAUCUGGUUAGGUCCCGACCCCGCCUCCGAUGGAGUUAACCACUUGUUCGAAAUGCUGCAAACGAUUCCAAAUCUUCCUGACCCUCAGCUGAGCAAAAGAGAGAGAAUAUUCUUCGAGAUGAACGUGUUUGAUGCUGAUCGCUGGCGUCAAGAUGAGGAGACGGUUUCCUCCAAAGUCUCGGAUCGUAUCAAGAAGGAUUUCGUUAUACCUCAAGAGGCCAAAAAGGGCGCAAUUGCUGUGUUGACAAGACCUUGGUGGACAAGGAUUUGGACCGUUCAGGAGAUGGUUCUAGCUCCCUGUGCAAUCAUUAUGUGCGGUCAUUUAGCUGCUCCUGCAUCAGAUGUUCGACGUGCAUGCGCGGUUGUUCUUAUGCACGCAGUCAAUGACGCCUUUGACGUUGGUGAUGAUGAUGAUCUACUGAGUUUCGGAGACUUGUUUGAUGACCCUAACGGCACAUUAUAUAUGGCCAGAAUGCGAACACAUCCAAGUGUCAGUGCGAAGAUGGAGCUUGGAAAGCUGCUCCGGUUUCUUAGAUGGUUGAAAGCGAAAGAUCCAAGGGACAAGGUAUAUGGUUCUUUGGGUAUCGCCGCGUCAAAAUACGGCAUUGAGGCUGACUACACCAUUUCUGCCGUUGAAUGCUAUACGCGUGCCACUUUUAGCAUCAUAAGCGGUAGCCGGUCGGUGGAUAUCUUUAGCGCUCUGCGAAGGCCGUCCUGCAUAGAGUCUACUUUGGCAGACCUGCCAUCCUGGGUCCCUGACUGGAGUUACGACUUCUCUAGUGUUCCCAAUAAGGAAAAGGGACCAUCGGCUAUCAAUAAUCCUAUCAUGAGAGAAAACGUUCGUACCCCGAUGAUGCUAGAAAUGGCGGGUGCGUUUCCCGAAUGGAAGGCAUCUGGAUCCAACAUGCCCUUCACUGUAGGGCUUUCAAGCGAUGGGAAAACACUGAUCCUGAGAGGCAUGAUACUGAAUGAGUUAGAUCGCGUUGGGGAAAAGCUCGAAUACCCUUGGCCGGGCCCUGAACUACAAUCCGACAGCGUCAUCAUGGACUCGAUUCACGAUUUCAAGAGAAGUUGGAGAAUCUAUAGGUCUAUCGGAGCCGCCAUGGACACUAUAAAAGGCUGGCAAGAUCUGGCUUUCGAAAAUCAGAACCUACGAACAAUGUCCGGAGAAACCCGAAUGGACGCUUUCCUCACAACAUUAUUAAGCAAUCGGAUUCGUCUCAGUGCUGAUGGACGAAAAGUCCUGGAUCAUCUUGAGAAGAGCAUAGGAACUAGCUUCAAGAUGAAUAGUAGCAGUACUAUUAUGAAUCAACUUCGUCUCCCAACAUUGGCACCGAAACUGUAUCACAGACUGCUGGGAUUCGGAAAGAUAUGCAGUAUCGACGACAGCGAAAUUCUCUCGUUCGGGAAGUCUUUCACCGACGUGCAAUUGGCUUUUGACCAAAGAAUGGCGACGACAGGAUCAGGAUAUCUCUGCAUGGUUCCUUGGUCUGCUCGAGCUGGUGAUCGGAUUGCGCUGUUUGGAGGCGGAAGGACGCCGUAUGUACUCAGGAAGGUGGGGCAGAGAUGGAAGAUUCUGGGGGACUGUUACGUUCAUGGCAUCAUGUCCGGCGAGGCAUGGAGUGAUGAUGAGUGUGUUGAUAUUGCGAUUAUCUGA